AUGAUACCUAGAAUACUGCGCAAAAUAUUCGGACGAAAGACGACAGAAGCCCCCGAAGGUUUAGGUGUUCCUGAUGUUGCGCUUCCGGAGGGCUUCGCGCUCGUCCACGCCACGGAAAAGCUGUCUGCCUGGCGGCAAGCUUCAAGCGACCCGACCAACGACCUCUUUGCCUUCAAUCCCCCCAACGUCGUAAGUCUGGUGGGCAUGCCGCUGUGGCAGGAGCUACAGGAGAACCUGGACUUGGUGCAGUACCAGCGCCUGGUGAUCGAUGAGAGGUGGGACGAGAUUGUUGGCUAUGCCUACUGCGUGCCCUUCUUUUGUCCCGGGCUGGCCAUGGUCUUGGACUGUGCCGCGACCGAUGCUCCUCUUCGGCCGGUCGAUCUGGUCCGGAGAUGGGCCGUGUUCGGGCUUCCCGACGGCGGCUUGGGCACCAUGCUAUUCCGCGGAGUCCGGCAGGCCUUUGCGCGCUCAGGAAAGGCAGCCAUGGCCAAACACGCACCUUGGACCGAGGACCAGACGCAAGAGCUUGCAACAGGGAUCGCUACCUUGUCCCAGACGCCCAACGCCCUCUGCGGCAUCCACGUGGCGGUCAAGCCCGGCUUCCAUCACCAAGGCAUCGCUGAGGUUCUUCUGGACAGCUUCAAGUCGAUCGCUCGGGAGCGAGACCUUGCCACGGUUGUCUUCCCUGUUUCCCUCACGAAUCGAAGCUUGUUCGACACAUCGUUUCGGGAAUACUUCCACUGGUCCAAGGACAACCCGUACCGGUCCAAUCUGUCGUGGCUGGUCGAUGAUACCCCUCACCAGCGGAUGGACAGGAAUGGAAAGCCUGUGAUGCCGUUUGACCCAUGGCUGAGAACGCACCUUGAGCGAGGCGGAAAUCUGGUCAAGGUUGCUUCCCACAGCAUGCAGACGUCGCUGCCGGUGGAUAAGUGGAUGCCCUUCAUGAAAAAGGCCUACAAAUACUCCCAGCCCAACGAUGCGGCUUACCCCUGGCAGGCUGAUGGCGACGUGGAUGGAAGCAAGCUGGAUGGCAUAUCACCAGCACCAGGUCUCCCGGAGCCGCUCAAAUGGAACCAGGACAAGAAGCUCCUCGAGUACAAGGACAAAGAUGUAUGGAUUCUUCAUGGGGUGUGA